CAUUGUGGGAUUGUAGCUUUAGCAACUGUGCUAGCAGAGUAGAGAAAAUAACAUUUUAGUGUUAUGACUGUCACAGUUCACUCAUUUUAAAAGAAAAAAGUGCGUAAUAAUUACACUUUACUCUGGUUAGUAAGUAACUGGAUGUAGUUAGUGAGCUGGAGAAGUACAGCAGCAGUAAGGUUAGGUAGCUAGUUAACUGUUAUUGUGUUAGUAAACUUUGUUAGAAUGACUUCGUCUUCAGCAAAGGUGGGUGAAAUCUUCUCGGCGGCUGGCGCUGCCUUCACUAAAUUAGGUGAACUGACCAUGCAACUGCAUCCUGUAGCCGAUUCAUCUCCUGCAGGCGCCAAAUGGACAGAGACUGAAAUUGAGAUGCUGCGUUCAGCUGUGAGCCGCUUUGGUGAUGAUCUGAACAAUAUCAGCUCUGUCAUUAAAGAACGCACAGUUGCCCAGAUUAAGACCACAGUAAAGAGGAAGCUCUACGAGGACAACAGAGUCCCACUCCCGUCAGAGCCACCCCUAAAGACUGUGAAGAAAAGCACCGUUGCCAUGGCAGCACCUCCGGCAUCCGUGCCUCCAGCCUCACAAGUAGUGACAGCGGGAUUGCAGCGUGUUGCUUCUUUGUCACACACAAAUAAAAAGCCAAAAACCUCAGAUGUGACACUCAGUGCCCUGAACGACUCGGAUGUCAACAGUGAUUUGGUGGAUAUGGAAGGAUUAGGAGAGGGUUCGACCAAAAAAAACAAUUUCGAUCAAGAGUGUCUGAGUCUGGACUCCAGCUUGAUAAUGAACUCCAGUGACCUACCACUACUUUCCCGGUGAAACACAUUUACUGAACUAUUAGUGAAGUACCAGAAGACCAGUGCAAACCCACAGAUGUGACAUUCAGGCUAAUAAACUUUGGUUUGUUUAUGAACACCGGGAGAAGCAAACAGCGACAUACUAAUCAGAUGUAUUUCUGAAUUUGCUAGAUGUGUUUAGCUUAAGUCCUGACUGGCUUUGAACGUGUUUAAAUAUUUCCAUGGAGUGGUUCAGAUCACUGAGUAAAACUCUCAAGUGCUCUAGUUUUGCUUUUGUAUUAUAUUUUUAAAAAUAUUUUUAUUGUCAAAGAGGGAUGUGACUGCUCCCGUAGAAGUUUUAUUCAUCGGGUCUUGACACAACGUAUAAUGAAACUUUAAAAAAAAAAAAAUACAGUAUCUUUAUUUUCCUGAUUGAUAUGUACAAUGUCAGAUACAAAUUCUAAGGUGAACAGCAUUUUGUAUCUACUAGAAAUGAGACAUUACCAGGUACAGAAUAUGCUCAGAGGGAAUGAAUAUACCUUUAUAUACCUCAUUGCGUUAUAUUACAGUUCAUAAAAAUACAUCUUCCUCUUCUGCUUGUUGUGACUACAACAUAUUUACAUCUCCAACGCAAGAGGCAAGAGUUGUGUGUUUUGUUGGUUUGUUUGGGGGUUUUUUUUCCUCCUCAUUUUAUAGAAUGCUCCAUGUGCUUACAAAAAUUUACCCAACUCCCAGCCUCGCAUUCCAGCUUUGUAACAGUAACUAACACUUGUCCUUCAUCCUUAAAAAAAAAAAAGGGCAUAAGAUGCGAAUAGUGAGCCUCCCAAUUAAGUGAGAGAAAUAAAAGACAAGAAUGUACAAAUAAAAA